CCACACUUGACUUGUCUGAAAUCACUCGUGCUUCGUCUCCUGAAUUCAAGGGUUACGGUCAUGGCACCCAAAAAGGCAAAGAAGCGGGCAGAAGGAGCCAAUUCAAAUGUCUUCUCCAUGUUUGAACAAACUCAGAUCCAAGAGUUCAAAGAGGCGUUCACAAUCAUGGACCAGAACAGAGACGGCUUUAUCGACAAGAAUGACCUGAGGGAUACGUUCGCCGCUUUAGGUCGCCUGAACGUCAAACAAGAGGAGCUCGACGAGAUGCUAAAGGAGGCUCCAGGACCCAUUAACUUCACUGUCUUCCUCACCAUGUUUGGGGAGAAGCUUAAAGGUGCUGAUGCAGAGGAGACCAUUCUGAAUGCCUUUAAAGUGUUCGACCCAGAGGGAAAGGGGACCUUGAGGAAGGAUUUUUUGGCACGGAUGUUGACAACGCAAGCAGACCGAUUUUCUUCAGAAGAGACGGAGCAGAUGUUUAGUGCUUUUCCUCCAGACGCUGCAGGUAAUGUGGACUAUAAGAAUCUGGUCUACAUCAUCACACACGGGGAGGAGAAGGACCAAGAGUGAAAUAUCUCACAUUCAACAACUGUCAUUUUAACAUCAUGACUAGUUCUGCAUGUAUGGUACCACAAAUAUUGCCCUGUGCUAUAUAGUCUUUCAUCUCCAGCACUGAACAAUUAAACCAAAUGAGAAUGAAAUGCAUUUAAUAUUAGAGAUGGUUUUGUGAUUUUUAGAGGGUAUACUGAUAAACAGUGCCUAAUAAAACAUGUGCAGUAAAAUUAUUCAUAAGACUAUACAUUUGCAUUCAUAUGAAUUUACA